AUGGUCGAGGAGAUCAAUGCUCAGCUCCGGGAACAUUCUUGGGAUCUCACACCUCCCACACGAUUCAGAAUGUUAUCACCUGAAAAUGGGAUUGAUUAUUCCGAGACCUUCAGUCAAGUAAUUAAAUCCACUACGAUUCAACUUGUUUUGGAGAUUGCCGUUAAGAAGGAUUGGAUGAUUCAACAGACCUCGGUUGGGGACAACAACUUGUUUAUUUUCAAACACGGUACUUCACAUGUGUAUGUUCUUGUUUAUGUGGAUGAUAUUAUCAUCACUGGUCCUGCGUCUCUGGUACGUGCUUUUCACUCAUCUCUUGCUCGUCGUUUCUCGCUUAAGGACCUUGGUCCUUUAAGUUACUUCUUGGGUAUAGAAGCAACACGCACAUCUUCCGGACUUCAUUUGAUGCAAAGAAAGUACAUCCCUGAUCUUCUGGCCAAAACUAACAUGCAGGAUGCUAAACCUGUUCUGACCCCAAUGUCUUCUUCCUCUCAGCUCACGGUUCUGUCUGGUACACCACUGGCUGAUGCGAAAGAAUAUCGGAUGGUAGUUGGUAGUCUGCAGUACCUCGCGUUCACAAGACUGGAUAUUGCCUUCCCGGUUAAUCGCCUUUCACAGUUUAUGCAUCGACCUACCAAUCUACAUUGGCAAGCUGUGAAGAGAGUGUUACGGUAUCUUGCUGGAACGAGAUCACACGGUAUCUUUCUGCGUCGUGAUGCUCCUCUUACUAUCCAUGCAUUUUCUGAUGUUGAUUGGGGUCGAGAUAAAGCAAACUAUGUGUCCACCAAUGCUUAUAUCAUAUACUUUGGUGGCAGUCCGGUGUUUUUGUCGUCAAAGAAACAGCGAAGUGUCUCUCGAUCGUCGACUGAGGCUGAAUACCGAGCAGUCGCUAACACAGCAUCGGAACUUAAAUGGAUAUGCUCAUUGUUGACUGAGUUGGGUAUUGAUCUUCCACUGGCUCCGGUAAUAUACUGUGACAAUAUUGGAGCAACAUACCUUUGUGCUAAUCCUGUUUUUCAUUCCAAGAUGAAACACGUCGCCCUCGACUAUCAUUUCGUUCGGGAAAACGUUCAGUCUGGUACACUUCGGGUAGCUCACAUUUCGGGUGAUGACCAACUCGCCGAUGCUCUUACUAAACCACUUCCGCCACCGCGUUUCACAGAGUUAAAUUUCAAAAUUGGCGUCAAGAAACUGCCUCCAUCUUGA